AUGGCCGAGCUGGAUCGCCUCCCUCCCUCGACCACUGCAUAUGUAGUCGCGACCGCCAUUAUUGCCGGCAUCACCGGCUACUUUCUCGGCCAAGGCGCAUCACUGGGUCUGUUCUCGCCACGAGAGAAGGAAGGAUGGCCGAGUAGCUACGAUGUGAAAGUGCAUCAGGAUUCCUCCGACGAGGAGGGCGAUGACGAAGAUGAUAGCGAGGAGGAAGAUGAAGGCGAUGGAGGUGAAUUGGCCAGUUUUGAGAACAAUGAUGAAGAGGUUAAAUUGGUUCUUGUGGUUAGGACGGAUUUGGGAAUGACGAAGGGAAAAAUCGCCGCCCAAUGUUCGCAUGCUACUCUCGCCUGCUACAAAUACCUCACUGCCUAUACGCCGAACUCACCGAUUCUGCGCCGCUGGGAACGACAGGGUCAAGCGAAGAUUGCGCUACAGGUCAAGUCGGAGGAGGAAUUACAAUUGUUACAGGCGCAGGCUAUCAGUCUCGGGCUUUGUGCGCGUGUAAUACAGGAUGCUGGACGCACUCAAAUUGCCAGUGGCAGUCGGACGGUGCUGGGUGUCCUGGGUCCUAAGAGCGUGGUUGAUGGCGUUACAGGGCAUUUGAAGUUGCUGUAG